AUGAUAAUAUUAAGUAUUAUAUUUUGUUUAUGGAUUGUAUUACUUAUAAUAAAAUUAGAAUUAGAUACAGAGUGGGGUUUUUCUGUUGUUAAUAUUCCUAUUGAUAUUUUAUAUUUUUUGUCAUUCCCUUAUUAUUCAAAAAAAUUACCCAAACUUCUUGGUGGAAUUGGACAUAUUAUAAAUUGGAUUGGAUUUAUUUUAUUCUUUGUUAGAGUUGAUGAAGGUGUUAAAGGGAGUAAUUAUUUUAUUUGGUUAAUUCCUUAUUUUAUUGGAACUGUAUUACGAUGUAUUGCAAAUGUUCUUGAUGACUGUUUUUCUGCUGAAAUUAUAAAUGAAAAUGGUGAGUUUAUUCAAGUUAAAAGAAGUACUAAAGCUAUUAUUUUAAAUUUUAUUUUAAAUAUAUUAACUUCAUUCCUUUCAAUUAUUUUUAUUAUUUUCAUUGGAUUAGCAGGUAAUGAUUCACAACAUGAUUGUUUACUAGUUAUGAUAGUUGGUAUUUUAUAUUUUAUAAUGAAUUGUAUCUCUUCUUCUUUCAAAGACUUUAACUUUACUAUUAUUUCUUUUAUUUUUAAUUGUAUCUUUGCUUUAUUUUUGAUUUCUCAGUUAGUAUUAUUGACUUUAGAUGUUGGUGUUAGACAUUCAUAUAGUUAUUCUAUUGCAUUUAUUCCAUUAAUAUUAGUAGGAGGUGUUUCAUUAUUAUUCAGCAUAACAUUAGGACCUUUUAUGUGUUGUUUCUUAGUACCUUUAUUGAACUUAUUUGAAGUUGACGAAUAA